AUGAAGUUAUCAUUCUUCUUUCUUUUCAUUGCGGUAAUUUCCUUCCCUUCAGCAAAAACACAGAACACAACAACUACACCUACUGUUUGCAAUGGAUAUGCUGAUUUAUGUAGUAGACCCUAUUCUCAAGUAGCGUUUGUCGCAACGCAUAACUCAUAUGCAUAUGGCGGUGUUCCCGCGAUAAAUCAAUUCUUCGACAUUUCAACGCAGUUAAAAGAUGGUGUUAGAGUUUUCCUUCUUGAUGGACACAACUCGACGACAGGAUCUGAUAUUGAACUUUGUCAUACGAGUUGUACUUUAUUGGAUACAGGAACUGUUGCAAAUACCUUGAAAAACAUUACCAGUUUUUUACAAAAGAAUCCGAAUGAAGUAAUUACAAUCUUUUGGGAAAAUUAUGACAAUAUAGAUCCACUUAGAUACAAAGCUGAAUAUGAUAAAGCGGGUCUGACUCAAUAUUGCUUCACACAACCUGUUGGUACAUGGCCUACUAUGGCUGCGAUUAUUCAAUCCGGAAAACGGGUUAUUAACUUUAUUGACACUAACGCUAACGUUAAUACUGUCCCUUGGUUAAUGCCUGAAUAUUCUUAUGUAUUCGAAACUCCAUUUCAAAACUCUGAUGCUAAUGCUUGGCAAUGUACUGUUGACCGACCAAAAAAUAAACCUCAACAAAUGUAUAUGGUGAAUCAUUUCCUCUACAUUUCAAUACAAGGUGGUGCUAUCGAAAUUCCUCAACCUCAAAGUGCUGCGUCAACUAAUAGUGAUAAUCUUGCCAACCCUGUUCGCAACGUAUUUUAUACCUUGCUAUCAUAA